AUGAAGCAGGAACCGGAGGACGAGGAGGACUGCUAUCUCGACGAGACGAGCAUGCCACCCACGUCGACGACGCCGCCGCCGCCGACGGCGCUGCUGCCGCCGCCGCCGCCGUCGUCGUCCUCGUCGUCGUCGUCCGGCCGGCACGGGGGCGUCACACACCGCGUGCGCUCCCACGCGCGCAGCCUGCGUGCCAUGGCGAACCCCAGCGCGGUCUGGGCGCACUUCGACCUGUGCACUAACGAUCCGCUGCGCGCCCAGUGCCGCAUCUGCGGUGCGGUCGUCGUCAGGGGCGGCGCGAAUCCGCGCCAGUGCGGCACGACGAAUCUCCACCGGCAUCUUAGGGUGCAUCACGGCGGUAGACUGAUCGGCAGGCGUUAUCAUGUUUUGCAGUCGACGUCUCAAGGCAGUGCAAGUACAAAAGCUAUAAGGAUCGCCACGCAAUCCUUAGUGAGACCUCACAUUCGUAAUAUCGCACCGGCGCCGCUGCCUCAGCAACAGCAGCCGCAGCAGCAGCAGCAAGCACGGCAACCAAAGACUCUUGUGUUAAAAACAAUUCCGUUGAAAGUGAAGCAAGUUGCACCUACGACUAUCAAAAUGCCAUCGCGACAAACUAAUCAAGUGCCCCAUAACGUCGUGCAUCAGCAACCCACAGAAGUUUGCCUAAGGUGGAACAGUUACCAUAGUAAUAUGCAAAAUAGCUUCCCGUCGUUACUGGACACGGAACAGUUUGUCGAUGUGACCUUGGCAUGCGAGGGACGGUCUCUGAAAUGCCACAAGAUGAUUUUAUCUUCCUGCAGCGACUACCUGGCAGACCUGUUACGGGAGAAUCCAUGUCAACAUCCCAUCAUUCUGAUGAAGGACCUGAAAUUCUGGGAGGUGGAGGCGCUGGUUAAGUUCAUGUAUCGCGGAGAAGUUAACGUCGCUCACGAUAAAUUGCCGCAACUGUUGAACGCCGCCGAAGCGUUGCAGGUGAAGGGACUAGCCGGUCCGAGUCCCUCGUCCCAAAACGCGAAGUCACCAUUACUUAUACCUCAAACGAAGCCAUUGUCGUCUCAACAUGUAGUUCCUAGAAGUACCACAGAAUCCAAAGAGAAUAAAGCGACACCCUCGAGGGUAUCUAUGUCUUCUAGUCCUAAACGUGCGCAAAAGCGACAACAGUCCGAACCCAUAGAGCCAAGGCCCUUUACCAAAAUACGUCUACAGCGGCCGGUCACGCCAACGUCGCCGUGCGUGACCGUGAAGCUGGAGCCCUUAGACAUACCUCUCAGCCCGACGGAGAUAUUCUCGGAGAACAACGAGGACGUCACGCCCUCCUCGGACUUCGACAAGCUUAUGAGUUUGCACGAGGAGGACGAUCCGGGUGGCGAGGAGAUUAACGACGGAGACGAGAGGCUACAUUUCUGCGAACUGCCAGCUCCGCCGGAUUUAAACGAUAACGAAGACCAAAUGGAGUUUGUACCUACGGAUUUUCUAGAGCAGCAAGACAUUGUCGAGGAUUCCGAAAGUUCCAGUUGUAAUAAAGAUAACAAUAAAAAGGAGUCCCUCGAUUAUGCUUCCGCUGACGUGGGCGAGGACAAUGGAAACGAGGAGAAUGAGAUACAGCCCGCGAAAGAGAAGAAAGUGACAUAAUAAGAUAGAGAAAUAUCUCGUAAUCUACGUAAUCUACGUAACAAUCGGAUUAUACUACAAACUUCAAUGGGAACUAGUGUAAGAAUACCUGCGAUUUGUUUUCUUGAAACUUUCAAGCGAACGCAUUCUUCGAUGACAAACUGAACUGGAGUAAUUCACCAGGGAGAAAAUGCGCGAGGAUCAAGUACCAAAACGAAAGAGAUUGUUAUUUUUGGAAUCUACGUAUUAAGAAUACUUGAGAAAAUUUACCUUUUUAUUUAGUCUCGCUGUUGUAAUCAUGAGAUCUCUAAUCGACGGUUAAUACCUAUCUUAACUGUGUAUAGUUUGGAGAACUUUGGAGGAAGGUACAGAGUACGUUAGAGAUAUCUCCGCUAGUCGACCGCGCUUCUUUUCACAACGUAUAUAUUUAUUUAAAUAUCUUCUACGUGUAUUAACUUCGUAAGUAUACAAAAAGGAUACGAGCGUCUGAUAUAGAGAUCAUGCAUUUAUAUUAAAAGUUAAUAAGGUAUGAUGUCCGCUGUUAUAACGCAGCACGUAUUCGAUCGUCUUGUCGGCGGACGUGACGGAUUUUACGUUGUAAAAAAAAAAACAUCCAAAAUCUUUAGACUCUAGAGUUGUGUUGUGUAACUUAUUUUAUCUGAACGAAAAUGAUAAAGAGUGUGUCGUGUAUCGAAUUCGUUGCGAAUUGUAAUUAUUUAUAUAUUGAAUAUAUGUCAAGUAAGCUAUAUACGUCGCCGGUUACGCGCGUUGCACGCGAUCGGAGCUCUUAGGUAUAAAUUGUAAACGCGUGAUGGAUACGUCUCACAAAUAAACGGCUAUCGCAGCACGCAGUUUCGAACAUACCGAAAUUUCCAUCGUACGUAUACGGAAGAUUUUUCGAUCGGGAGAGACGCAGGAUUUUACGCGAGGAAAAAAAACGCGUAUGUCUUUAACACGAGUGUAAGUUUAAAAUGUAAGCUUUCCCUGUUCGUUGACGCGUCGAUAGAUGUGAAUGUGACAUCUUUGAUAAUCGACCUAGAAAAUAAAAAUGCUGAUCGAAAAGAAAA